CCUCGCUACACAAUGAGUAGGGUCCCGAAAGUGUUCGGAAAGACUUAUACGACCCCUCGUCGGCCGUUCGAGAAGGAGCGUUUAGAUCAGGAACUGAAGUUGAUAGGUGAAUAUGGACUUCGAAACAAACGUGAGGUGUGGCGGGUGAAGUAUAUGCUCGCCAAGAUCCGAAAGUCCGCUCGGGAACUUCUGACGCUGGACGAGAAGGACCCUCGAAGACUAUUCGGAGGUUCCGCUUUACUUCGCCGACUUGUAAGGGUUGGUGUGUUGCCUGAGGAUAAAAUGAAGCUCGAUUUUGUCCUGGGUCUUAAAAUAGAAGAUUUUCUGGAGCGCCGGUUGCAGACGCUGGUUUUUAAACUGGGACUUGCCAGAAGUAUUCACCACGCUCGAGUCUUGAUUCGCCAGCGACACAUUGGCGUGCGCAAGCAAAUGGUAAAUUGUCCCGGUUAUCUGGUGCGCCUCGACUCUUCUAAGCACAUCGAUUUCACCCUGAACUCCCCUUAUGGAAGCGGCGGACCAGGUCGUGUCAAGAGGAAGAAAAUGAGGAAGGCGCAAGGUGGGGAUGCCGACAACGGAAGUGAAGAAGAAUAA